CUGCCCUUGUUGCGAGUGCGGGGAUGGGGAGAGAGAGCAGUGUUGCGGGGUAUGGAAGAGACCCUGGUGCGAGCCUCAUCUAUGCUGGAGGAGGGGAAUCCCCUUCCCACCCUGCCUCCUGUAAGGACUCCAUCCCCAUUGGGAAUGGGGGAUGGAGUCCUUACAGGAGGCAGGGUGGGAAGAAGUGUAGUCCAGAUAGCCAUGGGAGUCAGUGGGUUUGUAGUGGAUGUCGGUCAGAAGUCUAUUACCUGCGAUGGAGAUAGGUCAAGGAAUGGUAGGGAAGUGUCGGAAAUAGUCCAGGUGUAUUUGAUUGCCGGAUGGAAGUUGGUGGUGAAGUGGAUGAAGUCAGUCAGUUGUGUGUGGGUGCAGGAGGUGGCCCCAAUGCAGUCGUCGAUGUAACGGAGGUAGAGGUCGGGGAUGGGGCCCUGGUACGUAUUGAACAAGGAUUGUUCAACGUACCCGACAAAGAGGCAGGCGUAGCUGGGGUCGUAGGAAUCAGCGAGGAGGAGAAAGUCCGAGUUACCGUUUAUGCGGCGAGGCUGGGCGUCAUCGGUAGGCAGGUGAAGGUUGGCGGCAGCAUCGACGUGGAAGUCGGGGAAGGCAGCAUCCUGGGCUUAGGAGCCGUUGCUAUGGAAGCAGAGACGGGGAUGUGAGCAGCCAGGGUGCAGGUGAGCCCUCCACCCUCCCCAUCUGCUCGGUGUGCGGGCUGAGCUUCGAUGGAGGACCACAUGACGGGGCACAACAAGGAGAAACGUUAUGAGUGCGACGUGUGUGGCAAGGCAUGGCAGAGCCCGAGCCAGCUGGAGGUCCACGGCGGGUGCACACGGUAGAACGCCCCUUCAAUUGCUCGGAGUGCGGCAAGAGCUUCACCCGCUACAGCAGCCUGCUGCGGCACAACUGCUUGCACUCCGGCGAGAGGCCGUACACCUGCAGUUACUGCAGCAAGAGCUUCUCCCAAUCCAGCAUCCUGCUGGCGCACCAGUGCAUCCACACCGGCGAGCACCCGUACACCUGCGUCCAGUGCGGCAAGGGCUUCACCAACACUGCCAAGCUGCUGGAGCACCAGCGCACCCACUCAGGCGAGCGCCCCUACACCUGUGUCCAUUGCGGCAAGGGCUUCACCUACUCCCGCAACCUGCUGGAGCACCAGUGGAUCCACACCGGCGAGCGUCCCUAUACCUGCGUCCAGUGCGGCAAGAGCUUCACCCACUCCACCAAGCUGCUGGAGCACCAGCGGAUCCACACCGGCGAGCGUCCCUACAUCUGCACCCAGUGUGGCAAGAGCUUCACCCACUCCAACAACCUGCUGGUGCAUCAAGGUACCCACAGCGGCGAGCGCCCCUACACCUGUGUCCAGUGCGGCAAGGGCUUCACUCACUCCAGUAGCCUGCUGAGGCACCAGCGCACCCACACUGGCGAGCGCCCCUAUUCCUGUGUCCAGUGUGGCAAGAGCUUCACUCACUCCAGCAGGUUGCUGAGGCACCAGCGCACCCACACUGGCGAGCGCCCCUAUUCCUGUGUCCAGUGUGGCAAGAGCUUCACUCACUCCAGCAGCUUGCUGAGGCACCAACGCUCCCACACCGACGAGCGCCCCUAUACCUGCGCCCAAUGCGGCAAGGGCUUCACCCACUCCAGCAGCUUGCUGAAGCACCAACGCUCCCACACCGGCGAGCGCCCCUACACCUGUGUCCAGUGCGGCAAGGGCUUCAUCCACUCAAGCAGCCUGCUAAGGCACCAGCGCACCCACACUGGCGAGCGCCCCUACAUCUGUGUCCAGUGCGACAAGGGCUUCACCCACUCCAGCAGCCUGCUGAGGCACCAGCGCACCCACGGUGGCGAGUGCCCCUACACCUGUGUCCAGUGCGGCAAGGGCUUCACCAGAUCCGACAGCCUGCUGGGGCACCAGCGCACCCACAGUGGCGAGCAUCCCUACACCUGCGCCCAGUGAGGAAAGAGCUUCACCCACUACAGCAGCCAGCUAAGGCACCAGUGCACCAACACCGGCGAGCGCCCCUACACCCAAUGGUGGCAAGGGCUUCACCCGCGCCUCCAAGCUGCUGUCCUGUACACAGCCUGUUGUGUGGAGAGCGCUUUGCCAUGGCCUCCCACACCCUGUCUCACCAGUGGCCCGCCCUACGACUGCCCGUACUGUGAUGAGGCGUUUGACAGCUCGCUGGGGUUCCGGCAGCACCGGUGGGCCCACGCCGGUGAGCAGCUGCUCCCACUGUGACAAGAGAGCAUGUGGGCCCUACACAAAUGUAGGUGGGACCCCAAAACAAAUGUAGAUGGGCCCACAAAUAGUCAACCGGGUGGCUCCACCACCACUGGCUGCCUCGCCAACAGAUUUUUUUCCAGUCACUUACCUUGAUGGAGAAGCAAUUUUUCUCCGUGUCGUAUCUCCGUUCCUCUCUGCGGCCUAACAACGUGGAGUGUUGCAUCCUUUCCUGAAGACCGGCCUAGCGCUUCAAGCCGCGGGCGCAGCGCAGAGUUUAACAAUGCGUAGCCUGCGAUCCUUUGCCGCGAAUCACCUGCGAUGUGCACCAACCGCGGGGCCUGUGGACUUUAACACCGUGAAGCCCACGGUCUCCGGUAAGAAGAGGUCGACUCGGGAGCUCCAUGCUGCGGAGUGUUCCAAUCCGCCCGACGCUGGAGUUUCCGUCAUCCCGAUGCGAAGCCUUCGGACAUCGGACCAUCGGCAGCAACAACUGCGGAGGGUUCUACCGCCUCGAGCAGAGGAGAAAAUACGAGGAAACAUAGAAACAUAGAAAAUAGUUGCAGGAGUAGGUCAUUCGGCCCUUUGAGCCUGCACCGCCGUUCAAUAUGAUCAUGGCUGAUCAUCCAACUCAGUAUCCCGUACCUGCCUUCUCUCCAUACCCCCCUGAUCACUUUAGCCACAAGUUCCACAUCCAACUCCCUCUUAAAUAUAGCCAAUGAACUGGCCUCAACUACCUUCUGUGGCAGAGGUCCAGAGAUUCACCACUCUCUGUGUGAAAAAAGUUUUUCUCAUCUCGGUCCGAAAGGACUUCCCCUCUAUCCUUAAGCUGUGACCCCUUGUCCUGUACUUCCCCAACAUCGAGAACAAUCUUCCUGCAUCUAGCCUGUCCAACCUCUUAAUGGCUAGUUUUCACGGGGCGACUUGACGCAAGAUGUAGCCAGAGUGGAGUGGUCGUGGUCUAGCACGAUAUCACACGAUAUAACGGGGGUAGAGUAAAGAGUUCCCACGGUACUCGGCAAUUCUGUCAUUUGUGCGAGUGACUUGUCCGUCUCCCGAUCUUUCCCGAAUGAACAUCGUGGACUGUAGUGUAGUUAAUCACUUGGCACAAAUGAUGUUACUUUGUUGUCACACACUAUAUUGGUUUUUUUCACCCGAGCUCUUUAAUGAGCUGAAGAAUAAUCUGUUUUUUUAGACAAAUGUUGUUUGGUGUGAUGCACCUUCUCUCAAUAUGUGCAAGAAGUCGUCUUUUUAUUUUGUCAAAUAUGAAUAAACACUGUAUCUCACAUUGGCCGUGAUGAUUGUGUUAUUUUAU